UAAUCGACACAGGAUGAGCGAGCCGACUGUUUUCGCCGUGCCGCUAAUGGACGCUUUUCGUUUAAUGCGAUAAGCACAGGGGUGCUGCGUUGUGUUUUGUCGCGACGACCCGUAGUGGAGCGCUAAGAGACGCGACCAGGACACGGAGUUCGUAAAGAUGUCCGCGCUCUUAGCCCAGCUCGGGGGAAACCCCUUCAACACGCCCGUCGGCCAGAAGAUAGAGCAAGCGACAGAUGCCUCGCUGGCCUCGGAGAAUUGGGCACUCAACAUGGAGAUAUGCGACCUCGUUAACGACACCGAUGAAGGGCCAAAGGAUGCCAUCCGGGCGAUACGCAAGAGGCUCAUGCAGAAUGCGGGCAAGAACUACACCGUCGUCAUGUACGCUCUCACCGUUCUGGAGACGUGUGUUAAGAACUGCGGCCGUCGGUUUCACCUGCUGGUGUCGCAGAAGGACUUCAUCCAAGAUCUGGUCAAGAUGAUUGGACCCAAGAAUGACCCACCCACUGCUGUGCAGGAGAAGGUGCUCAGUCUCAUACAGAGUUGGGCAGACGCAUUCCGCACCCACCCGGACAUGCAGGGUGUCGUCCAGGUGUACACCGACCUCAAGAACAAGGGUGUCGAGUUCCCCAUGACGGACCUGGACUCCAUGGCGCCCAUCUACACACCGCAGAGGAGCGUUCCACUGACGGCACCCACGACGUUGCCUCGGGUGAACCCGUACGCGGCCCACGGCCGACCUGUGGCUCAGAGCGAGGUCGAGUCUGGAGCACUUCCGCCAAGCCCCGUGGGCCUCACACCCGAGCAGCUGAACAAGCUGCGCAAGGAGCUGGACAUUGUGCAGCGUAACAUGACCGUCUUUGGUGAGAUGCUGACCGAGUUGGUGCCCGGUCAGGAGCAGCGCAGCGAGUGGGAGCUUCUGCAGGAGCUGCAGAAGACGUGCCAUGCCAUGCAGACGAGAGUUGUCGAGCUCAUCAACAAGGUGGCCAACGAAGAAGUCACGGGGGAGUUGCUUCGGAUCAACGACGACAUGAACAACCUGUUUCUGCGUUACGAGCGCUUUGAGAAGCGGAGGACGGCCAUUGUCACGGGACAGGUCAAGGACACUUCGGCCGCGGCCAAUGCACAGAACGAGAGCUCAUCUGCUGCAGAUGCGGCACCUCUGAUCGACCUCGGUGAGCCAGAUGUAACCAGUGAUCUCCAGAAGCUUGCGUUGGGACCUGCUGGGACUGGAGGGGCAGGUUCAAACCCGGCGGCCAAACCCUCGGGCGACGAGUUUGACAUGUUUGCGCAGUCCCGGCACAGCAGCGACACAAAACCCAGUGGCAGCACAUAUGCCGACAACACCAACAUUGACCAGCUCGCGGUCGGUCUCGGGGCACUCGCACAAGUCAGGGGUCAGAAGGUUGAAGCGGAAUCCCUUCAUGAGAGCCACAGAGAAAGAGACUUUGACGAGAUGGAAGAGUGGCUAAGGGAAAAGCCAUCCGAGACUGGACAGGAGUCAAUUACCAGCACAGAGUUUGACCGGUUCCUGGCGGAACGAGCAGCUGCAGCAGAACGGCUUCCUCCGGUGACCGCGUCCUCCACGACAACGACGGCGACAUCCAUCGGUGGACCAGCCAUGCCACCCGCACCACCGCCGUCGCGGAAUCGCGUCGAGCGGGACGAAAAAACGGAGAACAGCCUGUUCGCCUUGUAGACUUAGGGGGUAUAGAAGUCGAGUGUACGUUUCCGUAAAUGAGUCAACGGUGGUUGUCUGCCAUUGAUGCGGUCGUUGUAAAGUUGAGGAGGACGCAAAAGUGCAAAAAAAAAAUAUUAAUGUUCGGCACCGGUGCAAACGCGGCGUCACUGAGGUGUCGGUGAAGUUUUCUGCAUGGCAUUUUGUGGAUAGAUUUAUUUUUUUGAAGUCCCCGUGUUACGCGACUGUUCUACAACUGGAGUAAUUUAGGCGGUGCCGGGAAAGUUUGGGAUUACUUUCAUUAAUGCUACAGUUCACUUUUGCAGGUUUAGUACUGCGACCUUUUUUUUCCGGUGCAGACCGCGAACUUUGUACAGGUGAGCUGAAUACGGUAGCGGCCGUUGUCUGUCUUUCGUAACUUCGACAGAUUACAUCUUUUCCUCUGUUUCGAACGAGGUGCGGCUAGAAGGUUUAGUUUUGUACAUUUCAUAACAUCUUUAUUUGAACAGAAUGCAUGAUGAAAGAAAAAUUUUUCCUAAAAAGGAGAAAGGUGUCUAUUUAAGAAAUACUUUUGUAAACUCACCUGCUCAGCAUUGUGGAGUCAUCCCAAAGAUGUCCUUGUAAUUUAGAGGUUUGUGAAGCCUUUUCUAAACAUAGAAGAACAGCUGACUUAACCUGAUUAGGGUUAAUAAAGCACGAUUCAAAUGUAACAGAAAACUAAUUUAACCAUUUGAAAGCUACAGACGGUAGCAAGAUGGCUGCAAAGCUUUUGAUUAUUUAAAUAAAUGUAGAAAUGUUAUUCUAUGUAUAUUUGCAAAGCUGCAUCUUGCUACAGUCUAUUAUUUAACAAAUUGUUAUUAUUUACUUUAUGAUCACACUGUAUCGUGUUCACGAUAGAAACUACAAAACAUGCUAUCAGUGCUUUACUAGUGCAAAACAGGAUUUGUGUACUGUGUGUGCUUUGAUCAAAGGUAGUUGUCAAUCACUGCAAGAAUUACCGUGCAGUUCUCUUCAAAAAGGGAAUUCUACAUAACUGAAGUUCUCUUCCAAACAUUUCUGGGCUUUUUCUAAUCUCUGUUUAGUGAUAUUCCUGGCCAGCUUGUAUCUAAGACUCUUUCUUUUACACCAUGGUGUGCCGUGAUGUUUCUUGAGAAACAAGACUUGUUGCCCUUGCAUGAUUUGAGGUUGGCCAGUGUACAUGGCUGCAAUUUUAAACCAUGAGAUGGCUUUGGAACUGUUCCUCAAAAAUUCGGCAUUUGGGAGGUUCAGCUCAAGCGGUAUUCUGUAAGAGUCCACUGGCUGGAUAGACCAUUUUGGCAUGUUCCGAUUGAAUGGCGCUUGAUAGAUAGCUGAUCGGCAUCGAUCGUAACUGCUGCUAUCGAGCGCUGUCCAGUCAGCGUGGACUGAUACGAACAGACUACUUAGUAUAAUCUUAUGCAAUACCACACUUGCGCUGGAGUUCUGAGAUGCUGAUCAAAUGGCGUCAUAUUUUCAAGUGGCAUUAUAAAGAAUGGCAAGGUGACAAAGCACUUUGUCGGUAAAUGAGCUUCUUCAUUUCUCCUACUGUGUUUCUUUUUUUGAAGCAGAGCUUUCGCAUUUUGUCAUUCAGUAGGCAUGCCAAGGUUCUGUUCUUUGAUAUGUCAAAAAAGCUUUAAUGCAAUGUUCAUUGUUGGGAAAACAGCAGUGCAACUGAGCAAAGCAUUUUAACAUAGUCAAGUUGUUUUCAGAGUGACAGCUAUGUUAUAACUUGUGUUGCUCCGAGGCAAGGAAAAAAGGUUCUCAUUGUUGGGCAUACAUUAAGGUUCCUGUAAUUUUCUUGUUCACAAGCUGCAGGUGUCAACAGAGGCACUAUCCAUGCAUGUAGUAGUAUUACUGUAGAGUCUUUGUAAAAGUGAUUUGAAAGAUGCUUAUUGUACAAGACAGGUGUGACCCGAGCAUUCUGUUACUGGCAUUUGCAAACAUGAUGGCACUAUAAACUUGUAAAUGUUAUGCACCAGGAAGUAUUGUUGAAGCUUUACUGUGUUUGUUCACAAGCUGUGCUGCUGCAACGCUCAUGACGCACGUCAAGCGACAUGCAAGUUUGACAACCGAACCGGAGUAGUGGCAAUGGUGACAAAUGCUGAUGUAAUGUGGUAUCUGUGUUAUGAUAACUUGCUCAUAGAUUACAUUCGAUGGCUCUGGUGGAACAAAGUUGUGCGUGGAAGUUGCACGUGCAACUUGGUAUCCACUGUGCAGUUGGGAUGUGAGAACGUGUCAUCCACUGUACAGCUAGAAUAUGGGAACUUGGCAUCCACUGUACAGCUGGGACAUGGGAACCUGCAUCCACUGUACAGUGGAUGCCAAAUUUCCACGUCUCGCCUCUGUGUUUGCAUAGUCACUCUAAGGAGAGUGUUAGUGUUGCAUUCCAUUGAAGCAGCAGCAAGAGUGCGCAAAAUGUGUCAUAGUGCCAAGGAACUUGCUUCCUCGCAUCGUUCUUGAAAAAUUACAAUCUGACCAGGUGCGUGAGAAGUGUUCAAAAACUGCGUGCAUGUGCAUCAUAUGUUGCGUUGGUGUAAGACAGGCAGGCAUGUUUUGGAGUGAGUGUUCAUCAAAGCGUCAGACUCUUGUUCAUUUUUUUUUUCUUUUGUUCUGUCCAAAGCUGUGUCCUUUUCUUCUUCAUUGUUCUGUUUGUGACAAACUCUUCUUUCUCUUGUCUGUUCCCAGCAGACUGUGAUCUUUUUGGUUGUGGUAAUAGUUGCUGCUUCACACAUGCAGUGAACUUCCUUUUUAGAGCACUGUUCUUUCAGUGGCAUUGAACUUUGGCAUUGCUUAGUAGUUCCUACGAAUGGUGUUGAAUUUUUCGUAAGCGUUCAAAGCAGCCGUUUCCCAUGAGUGAACCAGAAAUGUUGCGUUUUUUCGAAGCACUUCAGUCACUUUCUUGCUGGUUCCCCAUUGGGGCCUGAAAUACAUUUUUUGGGCAUGUAAUUAAUGUUCUGUGUCUGUCAUCGGAGUGCUAACUGUGGUUGUGCUAACUUUAGGCAUGUUCACAUUUUCCCUGGUCGGUUUAUGCUGUAAAGCAUUAAUGUGGUCUUUGGUGGAUAUCUUGAGGGCCCUGUGAGCUGCAAGUUUAAUGAGCCCUGCUUUUAAAAUUGUGCAGUUGACAUGAAUUAGCAUUUACAGUUGCACCCAAAAUGAGUUGCAACGUGCUGCCCAGUGUCAAAGCGGCACCAACAUUGCACGGAUGCACAGAGCUAGAAAACAAUCAGCGACGUUGUUCUAUUCUAAGCAGCAGACACACGUUUCGGUGGCAGCAAUACAAAAAGAACCUUUAUUGCAGGCAGCAGCGCGCUUUUGUAGAUAAUGUCGGCCGUCGGGCAAGCAUAUGUCAUCGAUGGUCGGAUCUUGUCUGACCACAUGCCUGAUACAGAAUAAACAUAAACACUGUUUCUACUACGGGUAUUUCCAAAACCAAUUUCACAUUUGCUGGCCUCUUCAACCAUGGCCACUGUGUUGCAACUCAUAUUGAGUGCCACUGUACUUUGCAGCUGACAUUAGGCUGCUGGGAAGUGGAAGUUAGCAGUGGCAAUGUAUACAAACCUCGUGCAUUCGACAUAGCAGCUGCACUUGCACACCUGAAACAGUAAGCAUGCACCACAUUAAAAAGAACAAAAUGAAAGAAAGUUGCGAGUCAUUCCACUCGGUGACGGUUGAUGACCAGCAAAGCUGUUUAGCACAUGAUUCAGAGGUGACACAGAAUUUCGAACCAUCGCUAAUCGCACGCCUUGCAACUUAAUCCGAAAUGUCUGCCCAGGAAGUCCCUUAUGAAUUUAGCGCAUGCUCCUUUAAAGUUUUCCAUUUGAGUAGCAUGCGUCUUUUUGCCGCGACAUGCGUCGCCUUGUCUGGCUUGCCGCGUGCGCUUGGCAUUUCGUGCGCAGUCUUAAUUGGCAUUUGCUGCUCCUGUGUUCCCUUCUUUAUUAGUGGACGGGUGGUGAGUGGUGGAGUUUGGACAAAAACAUGCGUUUUUGUUGAUGAAUAGGAAAAAUACACAGAACCCAAGCCAUAUAUAGCUGCACUGCAAAAGAUUCAUGUGCUGUUGCCUCAUGAGGACGGUUAAGAAGUAAGCUUACAUUUCCUUGUACUAGUACGCGGUGAUGGCAUUGAGGCCGCCAUAUUGUUCUCCCGCCAGCACAGUGAGAAAGUUGCCCACCAUAUUGGUUUGUUAUCUCCGCAGCACAGUGGAAGGUGUGAAUAGCAGGGAUGUCGCGAUUGUCCGCAUGGUCGACUCAUAUUGAGUGAUGUUGAUCUGUGAUUUUUUAUGAUGUUCUAAAGGGCCAAUGUUUUCAUACCAAAUCACCAGAAUGCUACCGGAACAUGUACAGCGUGUUCUGGCGUUGCAUGUGUAAAUUGAUUGAUAUCAAAAUCGUGCAACGCUUUCCUUUAACUGAAGGGCAUUUAAAGGGUGCAUUGCUUUUUCAGAAGCGUAUAUCCUUCAAGACUUGAUGAGUUGCCCGAUUGGGCAAGUAAGAAUGCACGAAGUUUUGCGACUUUGCUCCUUCACGUAGCUGACAAAGGCUAUUAUCCAUGUCCUCUUAUGCCACACUUCAAUGUCUUUUUUCAAACUUGGCCUAAUUGAGCUGAAUGGGAUGUCCUGUAUGUGUUAAUCCUGUGCCCAUUGCACUUAUGAGAGGAGCAAAAGAACGCAGUUGACACUUUGCAAAAAUUUGUCAUUGGGCCUUCCUGCAACAAUAUUUUCCAGCCGAAAACUCUCCUUCACAGAAUGGUUUGCUCACUCUGAGCGAGGCGCGCCGGCACCACGAAGGCUUGUGAAUGUCGCGCUUCAUUUUUUAAGCUCCCUGGUAUACAGAUAGAAAGGGAAAAAAGAACGAAAGGCAGGGGCGACGCUAGAAUAUAAUACUAUAAGGGGGGAGCGAGGGUCCAGUGUUUAGUGAAAAAAAAGUUAGCUGUGCUAAUCUGAGGCUGCUUGGCUGGAAAAUAUAUUUGCUCUUGCAUGCAUAGCAACAUUUUUUGCAAAGUGUCGAUUUGUGUUGAAGGCUUUUGCUGAUAACAAAUAUUUUUGGGUGACAAAGAGCAUGAGCCAAAAUAUGUGCAUAAUUAAGUCAGAUGCUUCUUUUCUGUGUCCUUGCAAACUGUUAAUCGCGCCUAAAGAGUGCGUGGUGUAAGUAAUGUAAUAUAUGCGCCGGUUCCUGCGUAGCACUGUUCACGCGGUAUUGCGGUUGGUUCAGUCGGUGUAGCCUGUAGCUUCGCGAUAUCUUGUUCACACUGUAGCGACGCGCAUUGUGCGGUGGUUUCUUGUGUACAUUGUUAAAAAACGAAAAAGAUAUGUAUCUUCGUACCUGUCCUCAUUUCGUUUCUUCCGUCGUUUCGUACUGCUGUCAUUUUAAUUUUUUUUCUUAUUGUUGCUGUUGUCAUCCGCGGCGCACCUUUUCCUCCGGAUAUUAUAUAUUGAUGAUAAUAAAGAAAUAUUGAACCUGUCAACAGAC